AUGAAGAAUGUCCGCAUCGACGCUCUUCCCUCCGAUCGUCAAGUAGCAUCCAAGGAUUGCCGUGUUUGCACGAAGCGGCGCAUCAAAUGCGAUCGGAGCAUUCCGCACUGCCAGAAGUGCGCCAUCCGCGGACUUCGCUGCCCGGGUUUUGAUCGACUGCCCCUCAGAUGGAACCAAGGCGUGGCUAGUAGAGGCAAGCUCGCUGGAAGCAAACUCCCAGUGCCUCCAAAGAGUGGGUCGAGGGACUUGAAAGACUCAGAGAUCACCCUCUCUCAACCAUGCACCCCUUCCACGAUUAUUCCAAGCAGCCCGACACGAGAUCUUAGUCUUAUUAGUCGUCAAUCAUCGGUUGUUCUAUCCGACAAAUUGCUUGUUCACUUCCAUCUCGAAGUCGCUUCUCUACUAAGAUGGAUGGACAGCCCUGUCAACCCAUGGAGAAGUAUCAUCCUGCCGAUCGCCCAGCAAUCGGCCUGUCUGAGAAUGUCAAUACUCAGCCUUGCUGCUACUCAUUUGUCUGUCACCUCUGGUGAGGAUCCCGAGCAAGCAUCGGCGCUUAUGCAGGUCAACCACAGUCUUCGGGAUGCCUGUCUUCGGGCAUUGAAUCGCAUAAUACGCUCAGAACUCCACCGGACCCCCAGAGCAGCAGGGGAUAAUUGUGGAACCUCGUCCCUGACGGAAAUGCUUGCCACUAUGUUGGUUCUCUGCUACGGGGAGAUGUUUGUUCCGAACUCGACAGACUGGAAGCUCCACCUUCGUGCUUGUCGUACCAUCAUCGACAGACAUAAACUACAAAACCGACAAAAAGAACUUCAAGACCCUGUCGCACAAUUUUUGCUGAAAGAAGUGGGUGAUGUGGAGGCCUUCGGCAGUUUUUCGGCCUUUACGAGAGAACCGAAUCCCAUGGCUGUCGUGCGGCCGCCCACAAUGAUCGACGGCCAGUUCUGGACCUUUACAGAUUUGAUCUUUGAAAUAACAGCCGCAGAGAGACAUCGUUACAAUAUUCUACAAAAUGGCCAAGGGCUUCCCGAGGUAGAUAUGAGUACCUGGCGUACCAAACUCGAGCAGGCUUCCGAGCGGGCGUUGACGGGUCUCAAUCUUCUCUCUGCAAGAGAAGCAUCCUCACGAGAGCACUUUGAAGCCGUUAUCCGGGCCCAUUACUACUGUCUUCUCAUCUACAGCUACCAGGCCCUAGCGUCUCCGAUGGAAGCAGCUCAGAAUAUAAGUCCGCUUAUGGGUCUUCUGUUUCUUGAAAUCCAGACCCUCACUGAAGGUCCAGCGCAUCACUUUUCCCACGACGUGUUCUUCCCGCUUUUCAUUGCCGGCACCGAGUCCCGAGAAGAUGAGCAGCAUCAGAGUCUACUCCAGUUACUUUUCAUUCAGUCUAUUUCCACGACUGGGGUCUGGUGCAAUCACGCUGCACUGCAGUUUCUGCGUGCCUUCUGGGCAAGGCCGGAAAGUACUGGGAACUGGAUACAAUUUGCCAGAGAAAAUGAGCAGGAGUUGAGCCCUUUUCUUAUCUUCUGA